AUGUCAGAGGGCAGUGACAGUCAGAACAAGUCUGAGGAGAAUGUCAACCUUAGUGAGGGCACUAGUCCCUCCAACAUCAGUUAUGAUGAUGGAAGCAGAAGCACUCCCAACAACUUGCCUAAGGCAACAACCAGGACAAGGAAGAAGAGAACUUCAGAAUCUGAGGAUGAAGAUUUUGUCAUUGAGGAGGAGGUGACUUCCAAGAAGAAAGUGAUCAAGAAGGAGUAUGUUGCUGCUGCUGCCACCAGGGCAGGACAAAAGCAAAAGCUACCAGCCAAGAGAGCACCAGUAUCCAAAAUCAGACAGUCUAGAGUUGCUCAAGAGCAAGAAGCUGUUGCUGCAGCAAGCGGUGCUGGAAAGGAGAAGAAAGAAAGGAAAGGAGGAAGAUGGUGCGAACUUGUAGGUCCAAUGGCUGAGUUUGAAAAGCAUUCAUCAAAUGAAGAUGAGGAGGAGGAAGAGCCAGCUGCACCUCCACCAAAGACACAAAAGCUUAUGGGGUAUGCCAUAAGGACUUGGGCUGAUUCAUCUAAGCCCAAGUCUGCCCCCAAGCCUUCAGCUCAAGAUCAAGCUCCAAAACCAUCUUCACCAAAGAGAUCUACCAGGAAAAUCCCUGCUGCUGAGGAAAACAAGGCCCCAGUGCUUGAGGCUCAAGAAGAUGAAGAGGAGCAAGUGCUUAGAAAAUUGAAGCCCAAGAUUCCAGACACGAUGAUGAUCAUCCAGUGGCUGAAAACAUGA